AUGAAACAUAAUUUGAUCAAAAAAUUAGACGAAUUGGAAAGAAAUGAAUACAUAUAUCGAGCAUUUGGAGAUAUAUUUGCUGAGAUCGGUGUCAAAGAGCCUCAGCCACAGGCGAGCGAAGCCUUCUCUAAGUUUGGAGAAACUCACCGAUCAAUUGAAAAGUCGGGCCAAACAAUGCUUUCCUCUAUUAAACCGAUGAUAAGCGAUUUGAACACCUAUUUGAAUAAAGCGAUUCCCGACACAAAGUUAACAAUUAAAAAGUAUGCGGACGUCAAGUUUGAAUAUCUGUCGUAUUGUCUGAAAGUGAAGGAAAUGGAUGACGAAGAAUACACUUAUCAAGCAUUACAGGAGCCGUUAUAUCGGGUCGAGACGGGUAACUAUGAGUACCGACUGAUACUCCGGUGCCGACAGGACGCCAGAUCCAGGUUCGCCAAACUGAGAUCAGACGUUAUGGUAAAACUGGAACUACUGGACCAAAAGCACGUCCAAGACAUUGUGCAACAAUUACAGAGAUUGAUCUCUUCGCUGUCAAACUUCCACAAUGACUGCCAUUUCCUACUGAAAGACAAUACCAUAUUUCCCAUUGAACUGGAUUUGUCCAAAACCUGCACUUUUCAAUAUCCGGAUCCUUUGGUGAGUCCAUAUCAGGACGAACCGGACGACGACCCCGACGAUGAUGUGCCGCCUUUGGACACCACUUUGGUUCAGGGCUUAGAAGCAAAACCAUCGGAGAUUUUCAAAACUUUGAGUCCAAAAGUGAAAACUGAUCCAACGAUGACAAGACACGCCCGCAAUAACACAGCGGGUGCUGUGUAUUCAUACCACGAGCGACAACGAGACGCCGGGACUUCGGGUUAUGGCACACAACGACUUCGUCUGUCCAAAGAUGCCAUCAAAGACUUCGACGCCUGUAAUCUCACUCUUCAACCCGCGAGACAUCCCGUCCUCACGCCCGAAGGCUUUCUCUACGACAAGGAAUCGAUUCUUGAAUACAUUAUUCACCAGAAGAGAGAAAACGCCCGAAAACUCAAAGAAUACGAGAGACAGAAGAAGAGGGAAGAGUCGGAUGCCAUCGAAGCCGUCAACAUUGAGCACUCCAUCAAAACACUCAACUUCUUGAAGACCGAGACAACUAUUGUGAACGCAGGCAGUCGUAGACAAUCAUCCGCUCCUUCUUCGUCAUCGUCCGCAUCGGUCGGCGAAGUGACGUCGAGUGUCGGCUCCGGUAUCUCAAACAUGACCAGUGGUCGAGACAAAGGUUUGCCGAGUUUUUGGGUGCCAUCGAUGACACCGCAGUCAUCGAAGACCAAA